UCCAGGCACACUCAGAGUCUUUGAGCUCUUAGAAGGAAAGCUUCUCGUGGAGCCACCGAGAGUCCACGCGUGCAUCAUGAGUCCGGCAGUGCACCUGGUGCUUUGGGCCCAGGUUCUGCUGCAUUUUGCCCGUCCUGCUCAGCCAGCUUCCAGCGGAGGCCAGCUGUGGAACACAGCGGAUCCGACAUUCAUCGACGAGUGUGUCCAGACCCACAACAGCCUCCGCUCCAGUGUGGAUCCACCCGCCAGCAACAUGUACCACAUGAAAUGGGACGAGGCUUUAGCCAAGAGUGCCAGAGCCUGGACUCGGACCUGCCAGUUUUCCCAUAAUCCCCUGCGGCUCAGUCAAGGGAAGCUCCAUCCUGAAUUCUUCCCUGUGGGAGAAAAUAUGUGGGUGGGUAGCCCAGUCACCUUCUCCCCAAAAAAGACUAUCCAACACUGGCACAGCGAGGCCGUCAACUACACCUACUCGACCAUGAGCUGCCUUAGAAUGUGCGGCCAUUAUACUCAGGUGGUGUGGGCAGAGAGCUAUAAGGUGGGAUGUGCUGCCCAGACGUGCUCUGCAGUGAAGGACUCGCCCACCACUGGCAGUGUCAUCAUCUUCGUGUGCAAUUAUGGAAAAGCCAGAUGUGUCCUCUCACUGCCUAGGGGCAACAGGAAGGGAGCCCCCCCCUACAAAGAAGGUGCAGCCUGCAGUGCCUGCCAGGGAGACGAGUGCCAGAGCAACCUGUGCAGUGAGUCUUUAUCGCUUCACUCAGCCCACCUGAAAAGCUAUUUGGUGACUUCUGUCAAACACCUGGUGUAUAUCUUGUGACGGUUUAGGUAGAUGGCAAAGAGGACGCUGUCGCGGAAUCAGGUGCAGGUGACUCUUUAAUAAAUGAGCGAAAAACAGUCUGAAGACCAGAAGGUUUUUACUGGCAGAUGUAUCGCUCAGGAUAAACAGAAGGAGCAGGCUGGAUCGUAGUCGUGGGACAGGCUGGGGUCGGGCGAUGUACGUAGUUGGU